AUGGGUCACUCAAAGCUCUUGUUCCAGCAUUUCCACCACUCCAGCGAAGGCAACAUGAUUCAUGAUGUGCACGAUGUCAUUAAAGUAUACUAUGAAUUGUCUCUUGAGGCUUUCAUCAGAUACGUGACCAACGAUAUUGUUGAAGACUUUGUGUCUUACUCAAAGGGACCUCUCAUGGGUCUAUCGACUGACUGGGUGUUUAUGCUGAGCGAGGAAGAGGUUGAGAAGAUGGCUCGGGAGAACGAGGAGACUUUGAACAAGCGGGCACACUUAGAUAGUGUCAUUGACAAGCUGAAGGCUGCGCAUGAAAUUGCUGAGAAGGCUAGGGUUCAGACAAGGGGUCUUGUGGAUACCUGA